AUGGCUCCGAUGAGGCUGUGGAUGUUGGUAAAGCUUCAACGAUGGAAGAGAUCACACCGGAAGAGUUGGUCUUCAAGACAUGUACCUGUACAAACUUACAAAGAGUUUAAGGCCAAUCUUUCGGACCUACAAGUCGCAGCGAAGAAGAAUUGCAAAGGUUCCUUGCAUGUGUUGGAUAAUAGGCUGACGGAUGUUGGCUUGUCAGAUCAGCAAGAGGUGCAUGAAGGCGGACGUGACAAUCACCGACGAGCCCGACUGUGGAUAGAGACCAGACCACCAAAAAGACGUGUCCGAGGGGCGCGCGUGAGCAGCCAAACCAACGAGGACCUUCGGAGAAUACGCGUCACUGUUGUCAGAGGUGAUGAAGAAGGGUCCAGAGCUUUGCGGCGGUCGAUGCAUGACGCGGCUGUGCAACAAAAUCAAGGCUAUAUAGGCAGAGAGUUCAAUUUCUCCAUCCUCGCCGCAGCCACCGCUCUCGUCGGCUCGGCCACCGCAGCACCUCAGAACAACGGUAACUGGCAGAGCUACGCUUCGCAAGCAAGUUCUUACUGGGCAUCAGCCAACCCUUCCGCCACGGGUGAUUGGUCUUCAUGGGCCAAUGCCGCUUCAUCGUACUGGAACAGUGUCAGCCCCAGUGCCGCCCCUUCGCAAUGGUCAUCUUACGCUUCCGCCGCAUCUUCAUACUGGGCUUCCCACAGCGGUAGCAUGAUCACCGCCGCUCCCAGCGCUUUCCCCUGGGCUGGCGGCUUCGGCCCCGGAGGUCCUGGUGGAUGGAGAGGUGGCAAUGGAUACGGCCCUUUCGGUGACAUCGCCAAUGGCACAAACUCUGGCUGGGGUCCUUGGGGCACCGGUGCUUGGACUUCCGGACCUUGGACCUCUUGGUGGGGUGGAAGCAACUGCCCUGACAGCACCUGGUCUGGUUGGACUUCUGGUCCUUGGGGUACAAACGCACCUUGGACUUCGUGGUCGGGCUGCAAGGCUUCCACUACUGCCACUUCGACCAUCACUACUACUGUCUCUGGCACACCCACCACUACUGUUGCCUAUGGCGUCCGCGUGAAUGCCGCUUCUGCGGCUUCUAGCACCUCUGGCUCUGGAUCGGGAACUGCAGCCACCGCUACUCACACCGGUGCUGCUUCGAACAUGGGUGUGUCUGGUGCUGGUGUCGGUAUUGGAGCCGCUGUUGCUGCUGUGUUGAUGCUGUAA